CAUAUGUACUGUAAAUGUAUUUUAAUCCAUUUUAGUCCAAUAACGAAAUCUGCAUUACUACUUACUUGUGGUUUACUUCGGUUUUUUUUUUUCAGGAAAAAGCGCACAUAAGAAAAAGCAAAAAGCACAUACCAAUACCAUGAUCACAUAAAACGCAGAAACUCUUCAAACCCGCCAACUACAUACACUCUCGCACGCUCUAAAGACCCUACAGCAAGGUGUCGAACAUCUUGGUCAGCACUCGGCACCCAUAGCGCGUCAAAGCGUCAAUUCGAAAACGCUUAGAAAACAGCGAGCACUCGGACUCCUCAUUAACCCAGAAAAUGGUAGCCGACAGGUGCCGAAUGCCCGCAAAGAUUUACGAUUAGGUGAAAUGGCUCAUCGAGGAGACGUUGGUACCACGGCUGUACCAGUGAAAGACGAAAGAAACUUGUAUGCGAGAUAUAUUAGCCGGGCUGGUGGGUGCGCGGCCAGUGGCUCUAAAACCGCCGUUGAAAUCGCACGCCCGUUCAACGCGCGGUCGAUCUUGCGUUCGAAUUUCGAACUUCGAAAUUUUUUUUCGUGUUCUGUGGUUUUUCGGAGGCCAGUGUUUUUGGAACAGUUUUGAACUCCAACAUGGACGACUGAGUCGCCGCGGCGACAGUGAAUCGAAUCAGUGAACGAAAAAUAAAGUGAUAUUUAUUUUAAUUGUUAAGUGAUACCCAAUAUGGCUUUCGUGGCCCAUUUUCUACUGUCGGCAGCCUUCAUUAUUAUUGCGGCAUCGUGGAUUGAAGCCGCCCGCGACGCAUCAUGCCCACGGAUCUGCGGGCCCGCGCUGCAAGGAGAGCCAGUAUGUGCCACCGAUGGAUACAUCUAUCCUUCGCUCUGUGAGAUGCGGAAAAAGACUUGUGGGAAAGGUGUCAGACUAGCGCCGGAACAAGGGUCCUGCUCCCGCGCUCAAGGAUCCAAGUGUGACCACCGCUGCACGUCCGAACGGGACCCUGUGUGCGGCACGGAUGGGAGAACCUAUCUCAAUCGGUGCAUGCUGCAGGUGGAGAUAUGCAGGGUUGGCAUCGGCUUGUCACACUUAGGCGCCUGCAACAACAUUAGCGCCCAUCGCGAGAACUGUCCCGUUGACUGCUCCCAAGCUCCCCUGGACGGGCCUAUCUGCGGAUCUGAUGGAAAUGUAUACAAGAGCACUUGUCAAAUGAAACUUCUAACCUGCGGACAAGGAGUAGUGCGAACGAGCAAGAAACACUGCCAAACGACGCGACACUGCCGCGAGUCGUGCUGGCGCGUCGCACGACCGACAUGCGGCUCCGACGGCAAACUGUACGCCAACGCUUGCAGAAUGAAGGCGACUAACUGUGGAAAACACGUGUUCGAAGUGCCGAUGGCGUUCUGCGUCUCACAAGAGCGUACGUCAGGCGGCGAAGCUUGCGCCACCGACUGCUCGGGUCAGAAGGAGAAGCUUGUGUGCGGUUCAGAUGAGAACGUGUAUAGAAACGAGUGCGAGAUGAAGAUGCUUAACUGUGGUGUGAGCAACAGGAAGAUAGUGAAGAAGGUGGACAUGGAUAAAUGCCGAGCGAAGAUGAACAAAUGCCUGAAGGUCAAAUGUCCCAGCGAGUCUGACCCCGUCUGCGGCACCGACGCCAACGUCUACGCCAACCCUUGCCACCUCAAGGUCGCCACUUGCCUCAAAGGAGUCCAGCUAGCGCACUUCGGUAACUGCACGCUGUUGCCGCGGCUCGAGAUUGACUGCCCUGAGAGCUGUGACAACGCGGUGGAGCAGCCUGUUUGUGGGUCCGAUGGAAACGUUUACAAGUCGGAAUGUGAACUCCGCCGCCUCACCUGCGGCCAGCACGUGGUCACCGUGUCGGCCUCGCACUGCCGCACCACCGCGCUCUGCCACGAGUCGUGCCCCGACACGCCGGCCUUCGUCUGCGGCUCUGACAACCGCUUCUACAAGAACGAGUGUAUCAUGAAGAAGGAGAACUGUGGCAAGCACGUGUUCGUGGUGCCGUUGAAACGCUGCCUGGCCCGCUUCCAGUACUCCGGCUGUGCGCGAGUGUGCCCGCCAGAAUACGAUCCUGUAUGCGGCACUGACGACAAGACUUACUCCAACAAGUGCUUCCUUGAGAUGGAGAAUUGUCGGUCUAGGAGUUUGGUGUCAUUAAAAUACCUGGGCACAUGCAGCGAACCCAUCGCCGAGGAGCCGAAGAACUACCUUUAUCGAUAGAAUCUAUCGACAUCGAUAAAAUCACCAGUCAUAUCGACAUUUCUUCCAAUCCAUAUCGUUACUGGAAUCCACUUUACAUUAGUGCCAACUAAUUUAAGUAAUCAAAAUCAUACCUUUGGUGGAAGAUUAUGUUCAAUAUAAGGAGUCUUUUUCUAACCAAGGGUAUCGAAUGAGUAUUUGGUUAAGCUAAAAAGUUGCAUGUUCAUAAAUUGAAACCGUAACAGCCUUAAUUUGAAUUACAAAUAAUAAAACAAUAGUUAUAGCACAAUCAGUACCCCUAGUGUAAAUAAAUUCGAUUUCGAAACGUGACGUACGCGUUUGCGUUUAGUCUAAUUUUGUAUGUGAUUUAGAAAGAGCGCGCCAAGCGGGACGUUUUGGAAACUCAAAAUCCUAUACAAAAUGAGACUUAACGCAAACGCGUUCGUCACGUUAUGAUGUCGAUUGAAUUUACGCUAGGGGUACAGAAUAGGACAAACCUCGAAAUCUCCCCUUUUUCAUGUUCACACUAUUUGACAUAUGUAGACCUCGAGACAUCGCAGUUACCUUGAAAAAUGUGUACCAUCCUGGAGAAACGCGUUUUACUGUAAAUCUACCUUCUCUGUGAAAAUAAGGUAUAAGGCAACAUUAAAUAAAUAAAUAAAUACUAUAGGACAUCAUUACACAAAUUGACUAAGUCCCACAGUAAGCUCAAUAAGGCUUGUGUUGAGGGUACUUAGACAACGAUAUAUAUAAUAUAUAAAUAUUUAUAAAUACUUAAAUACAUAGAUAUCAAAUUAGGCAAUCAAGUCCGAAUUAACGCAAAUAAAUAUUGAUUAUGCUAAUAUAAGAUCAACUCAAAAUUUGCAUGAAAUGACUUUGCCACUCUCGUGGAUAAAAUGCAACUUUUUCAUCAGUUUUUACGAGUCUUCACGAGCUGAUGUGCUAAAACAUUUUUUCUGUUCGGAAAGAGGAUUCAAUUUUAUUUAUACGUGACUUUUAAUAAGCUUAACUCAAUAUAGCGACCAACUCAAUGAAAUUCGUCUUCCAUUUUAUCGUGUUUAAUAUCUUUAGACUUCAAUAUAAAAUAAAUAAGUACAAAAACAUCUAGCGCAUGCUCCACUAACGCCUGCGCAAUUUGACGAUAUUUACAAAAGUUUUACAUUUUCAAAUUAUCAGUUUAUAUCUUUUAAGUGAACGUAAUAUUAAGAAAUGAGUUUGGACUGUUUAAUUUAUUUUUCUAUUUAUUAUCUAAUCGUAGUUUAAGGUUUUGUAAAUAUUUAGUGAAUUCUUUAACAAUUAUUUAUUUUAUUUAUAAACUUAUCGCUGCAUUUAAAGAAAAGACUUACCUUAAAUAAACAUUUUCACACAUUUUAUUAAGUUUAUGAAUAUAAUAAAUGCAAAUAAAACCGGUCGAUAAAUUUGCAAUAUAAGUUAAGGAUACCUACCUACUACUCUUUGUAAGAAUAAUACUGACUACAAACUAAACACAAAAAAAAAGCUACGCAAACAAUGAAGGCAUCCCAGCAUCUCCACCAACAUGGUGGAGAUGCUGGGAUAGUUCGGUUGACCACAAGAAAAAAUGCAUGAUUUUAACUUUGAUAUUAGGUUUUGUUAUUUAAAAAAUCGUUGAAAUUGUAAAUUAUAGUUGACCCUAUUAUUUGUUACUAUUUUUAAGAAAUUGAUUUCAUUAAUACUUUGAAGCAAUUUUGUACUUUCGAACUAGCCUAAUAUCUUUUUAAUGUGCAAAGACUUUAAAUAAUAAUUGACACUGCCAUAGCCGUGUUUAGUUCGUAAAGUUAGUGUUGUUUACUGUGAAAUUGUAACAAUUAGUGGUUCUACUAAAAUGAUUAUCUAAUCAAUACUCUGUGUACGCUCAAGUUUUACCUACUGUUUAAAUAACAAGCGAUUAUUAAAUUAAAACAAUCA